ACGUCUCUUUCACGAUGGAUUAUCGUUUCGGACUUAUUGCAAUCUUCGUGGUCCUUGAUGCAAGCUUCAUCUGGACAAUUGAUGGCAGAGAUUCAGAUAAUCAUGAUUCCUCGAAGACCAACUCAUCUGAAUUUUUUUUUAACUUUCAAGGAACUAAUACAAGGAUUGGAUCUCCUAAUCAGUCCAGAGCACACUUAGCGAAACAAUUCACGCCAACAUAUAAUCCUUUUCUAACGCCGGAUUUUGUUUUUCCUACUGCAUUUGAAAUUGCAGUAGCGGGCGCAAAGCCAAUUCUGUCACAGAUCCAAAAAGAGAGCGAUCCAUCAAAAACGAAAUCAGAACUUAAAUGCGACAAAUAUGCGAGAGAAGUUGUGGACAAGACCGGGAUAACGUGUUUGGCCGGCACUUCCGAUGCAAAUAAACCGCAGGACGAUACAUUUCAUAUCGUAGUGGUCGGCGGUGAAGAAGCAAAAGUCGACGAGUUCCCGCACAUGGUCGCCUUGGGAAAACACAAUUCUAACAAGCCGUUUACCUUGAUAUGCGGUGCUACGUUGAUCUCACAUACCUGGGUACUUUCUGCUGCGCACUGCACUCAUGGGCCAAAUGGCGUUCCAUCUCACGCCCGAAUAGGCUUUCACAGAUUAACAGACGAAAAUGCUGGUGUCACGGUUGACAUUAAGCAAAUGAUACGACAUCCGGAUUAUAAACCACCCGUGAUGUACGCGGAUAUAGCUCUGGUAAAACUCAGACGUGCCAUUACGUUUACCGCAUCAAUAAGACCUGCGUGUCUCCAUCAGCAAUACGAUGUCAUGCCUAUAAACGCCUCGAUCAGCGGUUGGGGUGUCACCGAAUUUGCUGGAGAUCAGAGUGAUCGACUACAGAAGGCUGACUUGGAUCUGAUAGAUAAUCUGGCGUGUACAAAAGUUCACAACAAUUCCAAGGAAGUUCCAUACGGUAUCAGAUCAAACAUGAUUUGUGCCGGCGAUCGUAUUGGCGGUUGGACCAGGGAUACUUGCCAAGGUGACUCUGGCGGCCCUUUGCAAGUGACCCAUUCCAGAAAUACGUGUCUCUUCCAAGUGAUCGGUAUCACCAGCUUUGGUCAGGGCUGCGCGAUGAUGGAUACGCCUGGCGUUUACACUAAAGUUUCUUAUUACGUUCCCUGGAUCGAAAGUAUCGUCUGGCCGCGAGGAAAAUAAUUGAUCUAUUCGAUUUUUGUAAAAGAUCAACGUCAUUUGCAUUCCUAUUGCUGCCAAGAAUAUUGUUAGUUGCCGAUUGAAAUGGCUGAUCGUACAUGUCACUUUAAUUAAUUAUGAUAGUGCAAUUAAACAGUUUACUGUACUGACUAGAAUAUUGGAACGUAGGAACAGAAAAGUAGCAAAACAAAAAUUGUAAAAUGCGGAUCUGAUGUUUGGUUUCGUUGCUCUU